AUGGAUUCGGCUCGAGGAUUCCAAACGUCUUUCGAUUACAUCAAGACGCAGCAAAGCCUAUUUCAGGAUGCUAGGACACUGCCGCGCUAUAGAUCUCGGUCUGCAAUCUCGGACGCUACUACUGAGAUUUUCGACAGCGAUUACGAUAGCGACUCGCUAGACGACACAUCCAACAGCUCACUAUACAGGAGUGGAUCUUCGCUCGUUGCCGAGAGUGUUACCACGCUAUCGUCUGUGGACGAGAUCAAAACACCCCAGUCGACCGGCCUUUCCGGAUUUCCUUUCCAAAUCGAUGAAAGCCCGAUCAAGGGCCCUCAGGGCCCGCACCUUUUUCGAACAUCGGAGGACUCGCUUUCGAGACCCCAACUCACGCCGGUGGAGCAGGACCCCACCAGCGCAGUAGCCACCCAUUUUUAUACUGGCUUCAAUGCCGAACCAGAGAGGAGGGAUACUCCUUUACCUGACAACGUCGCUCCAACCCCUCCUCCCGCUGCACAUUCCACAUCCCGGCGCGAAUCCGGAAUCAAUAUCCCCAAUUGGUCGCCAAACCAGGUUGUCCGCUGGAUGCGAGGGUUGGGCUUCGAAGAAUCUGUUACCGAGAAGUUCCUAAUCAACGAUAUCUCUGGUUCGAUCUUGCUUGAGCUCCAAAUUGAGGACCUUAAGGAACUUGAGAUUGCCUCGUUCGGCAAGCGACACCAACUGAUGGCCUGCAUUAAGAAGCUUCGAGAAUGCAGUAACUCCAGCGCUACACCAUCUUGCGACUCGCGGAUUUCUACCCCCGCUUCUUCGCUGCGGCAAGAUACACAGACCCCUCAGACCAUUAGCUCGAGGGGAAGUUCCCAAUGCACCAGUCAGUUUACGGGGGCUGAUGCCACGAGGACCCGAUCUGGAUCGCGGUCUUCUGGGAAAUCGGGGAAAGGUCAUGAACGACAAGACAGUCGCCAAAAGCGUGGCCGCCAGGGCACGGAAGUUGUGCCUCAAGAUUCAGUCUCGAUUGUUGCAAUCGAGCAAUUGCUACCAAAGCUCCAUGUGUGUUCCAAGGGAGAGAACUGUCGCAAAUGGCAAAAGCAGCAGACCCGAGUUGCCCGCUUACUGAAGGACCUUCAGCUUGAAGGACUCGGAGGUUCUGUUCUUGUCGCCGGUGAUCCAGGAAAUGCUCCCAACGCGCCGUCUCUGAUGAAGUCUCCACAGCCGGAAGCCAGGUCAGAAACAAGAUCUGAGGCGAGACCACCGGCCCUAGAUCUAAAGCUACCGAUGUUGGAACGAACAUCCGCUGGAAUAGAGGAGAAGACACCUAAAUCCGACAUCACCCCAUCUCUUGUCGCAUCAUCUGAUAUCAUGGGUGCCAAUCACCAGGCGAAUCUUCACUUGUCCCAAGCGAUGCUUGAAGAUGUGCAAACCCGAGACCCGCAGGAAAAUGUGCGCAACUUCCUCAACUUUCAACGUUUCAGUGGACUUCAGCCGGCGACAGAUCCCGCUACACCUCCUAUGGAUACGAUGUCCAUGACGGAGUCCCCCAAGUUCGCGCAAGGGAACCAAACCGGUCCCCCAGGGCCUACCGGGCCGACGCUUACGAACAAUCUCCGCCAUCUUCCAAAGCUGCACAUACCCAGCAUGCAUGCCCCUAGCGAGUCAACCUUUUCUCCGUCCUACUCCGCUUUGCGCACCGUCACUCCGUCUGUCAUCCAAAAGUCACAGCAGUUUCCCGCCACGAACCGAGGAAAAUCACCUAACCCAUAUGGUUCUCUCCUAUCGCCCUCGGACUUUUACCGUGACGGUGCCCAAUGUGAACAGGGACCCCAAUCACCCGGUGGUGAGGACCCAAUGACAGCCGUGCCACUCAACCCUGUUGAGCGGGCUUGUUCCCAGUCCGUCCCACCGGACAUGCGUUUUGGAGGGCAGUUGGCACACAAGGCACAUGACGCCCAGCUAGCAGCCAGCAAGGCGGAAACCCACCGCCGACUUCACUCUGCUAUCCAGACAAACGGCUUCAAAGCUCUAGUUCCCGUUGCCGAAGGCUCGGCUCAGGCACCAAUUGACACUCUAGAAGACCUCGAGAAGACCGCAAAGACUCCGCGCUACAGACACAACCCCAUGUCUCCGGGCUCAGCCCACGCGGACGACAUCAUCCAUAGCGGGUGGAUGAAAAAGCGGAAGACCACCAAGUUCAUUCGACAUGAGUGGGAGGACCGCCACUUCGCACUCCGCGGCACUAACCUUUGCAUGUAUCCCGAUGAGAAAGCCACUGAAGAGAACGAUAAGUCUUUGGAGCGUAUCGACGUCGAUGAUUACGCGGUAGCGUGCUCAUCUCUCCAGUCCAGCUCGAAAUUAACUGCCGCCUUCAAGAAAACCGUAUUGAAGCGUGUUAAUGACAAACAAGGAGAUGCAGCAGCAGCUUUCGCCUUUUCCCUGAUUCCUGCCCCGAACAAUUCCGGCACCGCAGAGCGGAAGCCGUUGCUAUCGAGCGGACCGAAAUCGCAUCAUUUCUCAGUCAAGUCUCGUGAGGAGCGCAUCGACUGGAUGAGAGAGCUGAUGCUUGCCAAAGCUCUUCGACGUGGCCGCGAGAGUGGUGAUUUGGUCAACCUCAACGGCGAGCCCUUUUAA